UGUUAGCUUCCGGGGUCGAAUCCUUCCCCCCAACUCUGUAUGGAUGGAGGACGCGAAGUUAAAAGGCUUGGUGAUUUGCCAUCCACAGGAGAGGAACAUCUUCAAUCGGAUAUUUGGUGGUUUCCUGAUGAGAAAGGCGUAUGAGCUGGGCUGGGCCAAUGCCUGUACAUUCGUUGGUUGUCGGCCGGUCCUGGUGGCAGUGGAUGACAUCAUGUUCCGCAAGCCGGUGGAGAUCGGCUCCCUGCUACUGCUGUCCUCACAGGUGUGUUACACUGAAGGACACCACGUCCAGGUCAGAGUUCACACCGAGGUGCUCGACCCUUUGACCCGGCAGCACAACACCACCAACAUCUUUCACUUCACCUUCCAAGUCGAGAAGCCUGUUCUAGCUGUGGUCCCGCAGAGUUAUGGAGAGUCCAUGCUCUAUCUGGAUGGGAAAAGACACUUUGAUGAGACAAUGAAGAGCCAGUAAAGAACAUCAUGCAUACGAUGUGUCCAUAAAAGAUGAUGUCUUCCAAUGCAAUGCAGCAGACAAACAAAAGGAAUGCAACUGCACUUUUUCUGAGGCGAUGUUACAUUGGACAGAUUCUGUUUGUGUGCAUGUAUACGUUAUUCAUUUAUAAAUAUAGAUUCAAAAUAUUCACAAAUAUUUAUACUCGUAGUAACAUUGAACGUUUUUUUUUAAACACUUGUACUUUUACACACACACUCUCACUACAAAAAUAGUGUAUUAGACUGUGUCUAUUGCACUUAUUAUUAAGAUAUUAGGAGAUGUUUUGUAUUUUAUAUCGCUGUAUGGAUACGCUGCUGAGUGUCUUCGUUAACCAAAGUGUCUGUCUGUCUUUGACUUCUAGACUAAAUUGAUCAUGGAUUGAAAUGUUUCACUCCGUGAUAUUUUUUUUCUCCCAGUUUUUUUCAGUAUCACAUCCCGACAGCAAUGUUAUGUGGUUGUUGUCUUGUGCGUGUAUAUUACAAUAAAAAAUGAUUAGCUACCAGAAGUUACCGCAUGGACUAGGAUAGCUGGCAGGUAAAUGAAGGGAUGAAGCAAGAAAGCAAUAUGAGUUUUGUCUUGUGAGCAUCUUGAUCAAUGGUCCCAGUAAAAGAAAACUUCAAGUGCACUUAUUCACCAUUAUGAGAAUAAAGUUACUUUGGAACGGAAGGGUGUCAGCACAGUAAAUCAAAGUUUCACGUUCUUAGCGUGUGCACAUCACCUAUGAAAUGCCAGGAUUUUGUUUUUUUUUUUACUAUAACAAACAUUUGUUGUGUAUUUCUCAAAUGGUCAUGUUUUUAUGUUAAAGAGCCUAAUAAAA